UGAUUUGAUAGCAGACUGAUUGUAGACGUUUCGCGGAAGGAAGCACCGCACGAUGAAAAAGAGGAAAAGAAUUAAAAACAAGUACUAUGUAAACAAUUAGAUCCAGGCUAUAAAAUAGUGCACUCAUAUUUUAAAAAUUUUAACUCAUGUGGAUUUUACUAAAGCAAAAUGGAAAAUAAUCAAGGCAUCACAAAUGAAGCUUUUCAAACCGAUGAAACUGAUGAACCUAAUAAACUGUUAGAAAAUUAUUUUGGCAACAGCCAGUUUUCAGAAGAUACAAUCAGGCAAACAUUAUUAGAUUCUGAUGAGUGUGAUGAAAAUGUACCACACUCUGCGCUACCUAUUUAUCUAAGAGAAUCAAAUGAAUCAUCUGAAUCACCACGAACAAAAUUAGCAAAAUUUAUUCCAGAUACUCCUUUCAAAAUUAAUGGCAACUUAAAUCAAAUUUGUGAUAGUAGAAUAUUUGUGAGGCCGUUGGCAGUGCCUAAUGGUACCAAAAGCUUCCAUGUAUCCCUCUCUAUGGAAGAUGAAGGUGAUAGUAAUGAACACACUUACUCCAAAAGUUGUGACUGUAACGAAGACAUUAUUGAGUCACUUCAAAGGCACAACUGUAACAUCACCAGGAGUGUCUCUGAGGACUUCCUUCAGGGGCCAUCGGAGCUUCAGCGGCGUAUAUCUCUCGUGCAAACUAGCAAAGGCAAGCUGAUGGGUGUGCCAAGGGUUCGACCGGGCGAGAAAGUUGUCCGGUCUCCUUCGAUGAGUGGCCAAGCCCCCUCUCUUCCCACACCUAGAAUCUCAGAUGGUUCAGAAUUGAUGCCAAAGAAAGCAAAAUUCACAACAGAACAGAAGUUGAUUGCCUUUUGUCUGUGUUUGGUUGACUUCACAGCAUUUCUCAGCAUGUCCAUCAUUGCCCCCUUUUUCCCCCGUGAGGCUGCUGAGAAGGGAAUGCGUGAAGCUGUUUCCGGUUUUGUAUUUAGUAUUUAUGCACUAGUUGUUAUGUUGGCAUCACCUGUCUUUGGGAAAAUACUUCCCAGUGUUGGAGCCAAAUUUAUGUUCCUUUCUGGUGUAGGUUUCUGUGGAGCUUGCAAUGUUUUGUUUGGAUUGUUAGACAAAGUAAAUGGCCAAAUAGAGUUUACUGUCCUUUGUUUUGUCGUCCGUUCUUUUGAAGCACUUGGAGCUGCAGCUUUCUGCACUGCCUCUUGCACAAUACUCAUAGAUCAGUUUCCCGAUGAUAUUGGCACAGUUUUUGGUUUUACUGAGACUUGUAUUGGUGUUGGUAUGAGCAUUGGUCCAGCAAUUGGUGGUGCACUAUAUGCUGUUGGUGGCUUUGGCUUGCCUUUCUUCACGCUUGGUGGCUUUGUCAUGCUCAUUGUACCGCUGCUAUGGUACUUAAUGAGAAACGUUGAAGAUCCAGAAGUUGUGCUCAACACCAGUGUUUCAUAUAAAAAGUUGUUAUCAAUGCCUCAUGUUAUUGUUGUAUGCCUUAUAUUAGCAGUUGCAUCUCAAGCUCAAGGUUUUAUAGAUCCUACUUUAGAACCACAUAUGCGACAGUAUAACUUGGACACAAGCAUUAUUGGUUUAUUAUUUCUCUUGUUAUCUGGUGCUUAUGCUCUUUCAUCUCCUGUUGUUGGUUGGGUUAGUGGAAAAGUUGAAAACAAAUAUCCUAUAAUGAUCAUUGGCUUGAUACUUGUUACUGCAGCAAUGCUUUUACUGGGUCCUUCUGAAUUUUUGCCAAUAAAUGGGAGCUUAUGGCUUAGUGUGGUUGCUCUUACCUUCAUGGGCUUUUCUUUUGCAGCUGCUUAUGUUCCAACAUUUGAAAGCAUGUUCAUUGCAGCAAUGAAUGGAGGACUAGAAGAUGACAUUAAUACCUAUAGUGUUGUAUCUGGUCUAUGGAACUCGGUUUAUUCUCUUGGAGAAGUUACUGGUCCAUCUUUAGGAGGAAUCUUGUCUGAUUUCUUUACAUUUCCUGAAGCUUCAACACUUAUGGCAUUCUGUACCUUUGCUGCGUUUUUAGUUGCAUUAGUUGCAUGGUGCAAUCCUUGCAUGUGCUUUGGACCUUAUAGUCUGAUUGAAGAUGCAGAAGAAAAACUGGCCUCUAAUCAUAGUUCUCAAGAAAUCAUUCGCGUCCCUUCUCGCGAACAAACUCCUCUCCAAGACGGGAAUGUUCACACUUACGGCAGCUUGUGGGAGGACAAGAAGAACCCUGUUGUGUAAAGAAUCAGAAAGCUGUUGGUGUCUUUAUUUCUGUACAAACUUUUAUGAAAAAUUCUUUUUAUAACUUAAUUUUAUUAUUUGUAAAUAUCAUGUUGAUAUAACAUAUUUUUAAUAAUGCUCAAAGUAUUUUUCUUCUUUCUUUUUCAUUUUAUGAAAUCAGCUAUUAAAAUCAGAAGAGUAUAAUUAUUUUUAUCAACUAAAAGUGAUCUGUAUAUGUGCAUAAGCUAAGUAUCAUUAUUUUCUGAAACUAGGAUUUACUUAAAUGUUUUUAACUUAUUUGAUAAUUUUUGCUUUUAUAAUUGAAUCUAACUACUUCUUUUUUUAAUUAUUUUUUAUUUUCUUUGAUUUAACCAAUUUGGUAUUAACAUUUUUUGUGUGAUGAAUAUAAUCUUCAUUAAUUCUCAUUUAAUCCUCAUUUCAUUGGAAAAAUUUGAAAACUUUUGAAUUUCUGAGGUUAAAUCAUUAUGUAAUGCUUUGAUAUUUCAGAAAGUUUAUCUGUUUUUCUUUCUUUAAUAAACUCAUUUAUAAUACUUCUGAUAUGUGCAUUGAUAUUUUUGUUACUGAAAAAAUAUUAUUCAUAGUUUAAAAAACCUAGUUUCAAAAAUUGUUAGGUUUCCAACUAAAUUUGACAGUUUGAGUUUGGUGAUACAAUAUGAGUUUUUAUUUAACUUUUUUAGUUUUAAAUACACAAUUUUUAAUAUUUAUUGAACAUUUAUUUUUGUGUUUUGUUAUAUCUUACAUUUCUCUCAUGUUUUGUAUAUUAACAUUGUAAAUUAUGAUGCAAUGAAUGAUUUCAACUGCCGUAAUUGUUAACACUUUAGAUAUGUAUGUCUUAUUUAAAUGGUGAUUUUUGAGUGAUUUGGAAGACCUUCAUAUCAUUUUUUUUUUUAUGUGUGACUGCUUUUAGAACUUGUCUGAUAUUAGAUUAUUGCUGUAAAUGCUACUUCUUUUAUUUGACAUUUUUUCAUGUUACCAAUGAUGAGUCCUCAUGAACAUGUUUAAAAUAUUUUUUAAAGUUUUGAUGUAAAAUUAAUUUUGCAUGAUAGUUACAUGUAUUAUUAGAGUCAGAAUUUGAACUGAAGUAUCAAUGAAAUCAACCUUCUAGAAUUUUUCAUCUUCAAAUGCCAUUUGUAUGUACAAAUUAUCUCUCUGCUAACUUUCAUAGCAAUAAAUAUUAUGUAGCUAAAAGCUAUAUUAUAAUUUUAACAAUAGUUUGGUAUUUUUAUAGUUGCAUGUAUAAAAGGUUUCUCUUUCAAAAGUGAACUGUUUUCCAUUUGUGUUCAAAAAUUCCUUCCUGUAAAAUGUAUUGAAUUUUCACUCAAGAAAAGUUAGAACUACAGACAUAUUUUGACACUUUAAGUUUAUCCUCAAUUUUAAAUGUGCAUGCUUAGAUUUUUGAAGUUAGAUUGUUUCAAGUAACAUUCUUCCUCAGCAUACUUGCCAAACUGAUGUAUUUAUCCUUUAAAUUUUCAAUGUGAAAGCAAUUAUUUGUGCACUAUUAUAUCACAUAUUGAAUUUAAACUGUAGCGGCUUUUUUAUGAAAAGGUAAGCGCUUGUUUCAACAGAAAAAUAAUUUCAAACAAUUAGAAUUGUUGCUCUCUAAAAAGAAAGUAACAAUAAUUGUUAAGCAGAUAAUCAAGAAAGAUUGUAAUAUUAUAAUGCACCGUUCUAUUCCAAAAGAAUUUGUAGCUUUGAGUACCGGUUCAGCCAUGUAUAUUCAAUAUAAAUGUUUGAUGCUUUUAACUUUUGUGAAUAUGAUGCUUAUAAUUUAGUGGAUUUAAUUUUUAUUAACUUAAAUGCACAUUUUUUUUCCUUUAUUCUUGUAAUGAAAUUAUAUAUAUAUAUAUAUAUAUAUAUAUAUAUAUAUAUAUAUAUAUAUAUAUAUAUAUAUAUGUAUACAGUAAAAUCCCAUUUUUGCAAAGUCGGUUGCAGCAAAAAUUUCCUUUUAGCGAAGAUUUGGUAAUUCCCAACUCAAACUAUAUAGGAGCAAUGUCAACAUUCUUAAUUCUUAACAUUGAUACUACAAAAUUUUGUUUCUUGGGAAAUCAAAGGACCAGCGAAAUUAUUUUGCUGGUCCCUUAAACUUUGAUAAAAUGAGAUUUGACUAUAUACGUAUAUCAAAAAAUAUAUGGGAUUUAUAACAAGAACAAUACAAAUGUGUUAUUUAAGGCAAUACAAAAUGAUAGUAAUCACAUUAAAAUAAAUAUGGAAACUUAUAGCAAUUUCAC